UCAAACUUUGAUUCUGUUUACUUUGUAAAAUUUUAUAAUUUUUUACUGUUCCGUACCCAUUGUUGUGAUGUCUCAGGAUCAGUGUGGGGACGGCAAGCAUGAUGACUCUGAUGAUGAUGACAAAGCAGAUGGAGAGCCGACCACGUCGAAACUGGACACACUGCAUCCUGAACAAACGUCUCAUAACAUGAACGAUUUGAAAACACUGGAUUUUAAUUCUGCUGAUGAGAUCAGACAAACAAUGAAGGCCGUGUUUGCUUCAAAAGGACCUCACGAAGACCCAGACCACACCACGUGUCUUAAAGCCAACGUUGGCAUCGAAACGAACUCAGUCAAGCGAGCCCAAGGGUCUACCCAGAGUCCGAGCAUCAACCAAGCAAGGCAGAGAACUGUGCAAAUCGAGGCGAAGGAAAAUCUAUUCCAGCGUAUUAACCCUAAAAACGAAAAGGGGAAUUCGAAUAUCCGCAAGAAAAGACCGGGGAGACCACCCAAAGCGGGGACUUCGAAGAAAAUUAAAAGGGCUAGUGUGAGUGCUUUGUAUGUGGGAAAAUUGUCCAACGUAGUGCCGUUUAAACGAUGCCGGUAUGCAUCAGAAAGCGAGUCCGAUGACCUGGACUCGCUUGUCAUUAUGUACUGAUCGUGAAAAAUGUUUUGUGAUAUUUUAAUCAAAUAGUAAGUUUUUUUGGAAUCUUAACAAUA